CUCACCUGGGCAGAUGUAUCUAUUGGCCUCUGGGAGUGAAGUGGAGAGCUGGAUCCAGGGGAGAAGGCUGGCAGUGCCCAGUGAGACGACAACAUGGGCAGUGGUAGCAGCAGUGCUAACUCCACCGCAGUUGUAACCAGUUCUUCUCCAGCUGCACCAGUGAAAGAAAUGCCUCAGCCAAAGUCUCAAGACAUGGGCUCUGCCUUCAUCCAGACACAGCAGCUCAACGCUGCCAUGGCCGACACCUUCCUGGAACAUAUGUGCCUGCUGGACAUCGAUUCAGAACCCACCACCGCACGCAACACUGGCAUCAUCUGCACCAUUGGGCCAGUCUCCCGCUCUGUGGAAAUGCUGAAGGAGAUGAUCAAGUCUGGAAUGAACAUUGCACGUUUGAACUUCUCCCAUGGCUCACAUGAGUACCACGGAGAGACCAUCAAGAACAUACGAGAGGCCUGUGAGAGCUUUGGGCCCGGCAGUAUCCACUACCGACCUGUGGGCAUCGCCCUCGACACCAAGGGCCCAGAAAUUAGGACAGGACUGAUUGAUGGAAGUGGCACAGCUGAGGUGGAGCUGAAGAAAGGGAACAUGAUCAAGAUUACCCUGGACGAUGCCUACCAGGAGAAGUGCAGCGAUGAAAUCCUCUGGCUGGACUACAAGAACAUUACCAAUGUGGUGGAGAUCGGCAGCAAGAUCUACAUCGACGAUGGUCUCAUGUCCCUGCAGGUCAAGGAGAUCGGUUCUGAUUUCAUGAUGUGUGAGAUUGAGAAUGGCGGCACCCUGGGCAGUAAGAAGGGCGUGAACCUCCCUGGUGCUGCUGUGGACUUGCCUGCCGUUUCAGAGAAGGACAUCAAGGACCUGCAGUUUGGAGUGGAGCACGGUGUUGACAUGGUCUUUGCCUCAUUCAUCCGUAAGGCAGCAGACGUACAUGCUGUCAGAGCAGUGCUGGGAGAAAAGGGCAAGGACAUUAAGAUCAUCAGCAAGCUUGAGAACCAUGAGGGUGUACGCAGGUUUGACGAGAUUAUGGAGGCUAGCGAUGGUAUCAUGGUUGCCCGUGGUGACCUGGGUAUUGAGAUCCCCACGGAAAAGGUCUUCCUGGCUCAAAAGAUGAUGAUUGGUCGCUGCAACAAAGCCGGGAAGCCAAUCACAUGUGCUACACAGAUGUUGGAAAGCAUGAUCAAGAAGCCGAGGCCCACUCGUGCUGAGGGUAGCGACGUAGCCAAUGCUGUGCUGGAUGGCGCUGACUGCAUCAUGCUGAGUGGAGAAACUGCCAAGGGAGAUUAUCCCCUGGAGGCAGUACGCACACAGCACAUGAUUGCUCGUGAGGCCGAGGCAGCCAUGUUCCAUCGGCAGGUGUUUGAGGACCUACGACGCAGCACACCACCUUCCACCGACCCUGCCGAGGCUAUUGCUAUCGGUGCCGUCGAGGCCUCCUUUAAGAUCUUAGCCUCUGCGUUCAUUGUGCUCACUGGCUCUGGAAGGUCUGCCCACCUGAUUUCCAGGUACAGGCCCCGUGCUCCCAUAAUUGCUGUGACCCGUAACGCUCAGACAGCCCGCCAGGCCCACUUGUACCGUGGCAUCUUCCCCGUCUUCUACAAUAAACCUGCACAUGACGUGUGGGCAGAGGACGUGGACCUGCGUGUCAACUUUGCCAUGGAGAUGGGCAAAGCCCGACGCUUCUUCAAGGAGGGAGAUGUUGUCAUCGUCUUGACAGGCUGGCGCCCUGGCUCUGGUUACACCAACACCAUGCGUGUGGUCCUGGUGCCCUGAAGAGCUCACCAGGGCUGCUCUGCUUUCUUCAUCACUUUGAUCUAUCCUUAUUCCUCUGCUCCCACCCCUUCACAUCCCACCGCCAGGGCUCAUAGCCUCAACCGCUGAACAGUUUAGCCAUCUAGGCAAUGAUGCAAAACAAACAAGAUAUUAAAAUUAUAUAUAUAUAUACUGUAUGGCCCUUAAGUCCCAAGAGCUGCUUGGCGGUGGAGGCUAGUCCAGUGCAAUUCUACUUCACAUCUCUAUUCCUCUCACAUUUAUUCUCUCAAGCAAACCAGUCUCCUGGGCCUCAGUUUUGUACACCCUGACCAGAAUUUGCUGUAUUUAUUCACUCAGACUCAUGUAUUAAAAGUAAAGACUGAGAGUGCUGCAGCCUGGCUUGUGUGCAUGCGUGUACUGGCUCUUUCUAGGUUGAAUUGGCAGUAGGAGAGGCUGACCUGAGGACAACACCUUUAAAACUGUAACUCUAAAAGUUUACUAACAGACUUCUCUGCCUAUAAAACGAACAAAGUAGUGGCAUUCUAAAUCAGAAAUCACAGCGCUUCUCUUGAUGGUCCAGCCUCAGCUCGGUCACUCCACCCAUGUCGGGUCCUUCUGUAGUGUUGUCUAUAUAAAGUGUUGUCUAUUUGGCCAGCUUUUACUGUAACUGUAUCUGUAAGUGUUGCACUCCUAAUCUACUGCUAACAAUGUUACAUUCUGUAUUAUACUUGAUUUUUGUGAGUGGUGACAUUGUUUUUUUGGGCAUCCAGUACUUACUUAUAUUUUGUCUAACUAUAGAGAAAUGUUAGUUUUGGAUGUCCACAUUAGAGGCAGUUAGUUACAGUUAGUAUUUUUUGUGUUUUGAGAUAAGUCCUCACAUUUAUUUUUGAUCAUAUCUGAGUUGGCACUUAAGAACUACUGUGUGUGUGCGCGUGUGUGUGUGUGUGGGGGGUACACUAAAGUUGACUGAUAUGAAUGAGCACUUUCAGGGUUUUUCUAAUGGGGCCUGGGAGGACCCAUGUUACAGGGAUGAAGCCCUGACCCUCUCUACCCCAGUGGGUGAUGGGUAGAAGCCCUCUGCUUUGCCUCCUCUCAUAAUGUUCCCUCUUGUCUGUCUAUCACAGACCCAGCUGUCUUUGUGUGUACAACUGCCCGCCUGCUUUUGAUCGUGAUAAUAGAGUGUAAGAGCUAACAAAUUGUAAAAGGUAAUACGAUGUCUAGCCGGUGUACUGAGCUGCCCCUACUUGACUGGAUUUCCAUCAAUAAAAGAGAUGAGCACUUAC